AAUUUGUGCGGUAGGCCCACCAACACUCUCUUCUUCUCCUUCUAUUUCUAUUUCUCUUUCUCUCUUUGUUGCAUACAGCUUCCUGAGCCGCCGCCACCAGUAAUAAUCCUUCAUACGCAUCACCCGAGGGAGAAAGAGUAAAUGUUGGCUCUCACUCUUCCGUGAUCUUAAUUGCAAGGAUCGAUCGUCCUCGAUCUUUGAAUUCAGGUUUCGUGCUUUUAGCUUUUUCACUAGGUCUUGUUUAAUGGCAUCCGAGGAUAUGAAGACCGGGGAUUCUGCUGUAUCCAAAUUCGUUAAUCUUGCUGAGGAGGCUAAGCUUGCUAGAGAAGGAGUCAAGGCCCCUUCCUAUGAAGUUCUUAGCAUCUGCAAGUCUCUCAUAGCCGGAGGUGUUGCCGGCGGCUUAUCAAGAACUGCUGUAGCCCCCUUGGAACGGAUGAAGAUAUUGUUACAGGUGCAAAAUCCACAUAACAUCAAGUACAGUGGUACAAUUCAGGGUCUGAAAUACAUUUGGAGAACUGAAGGUUUAAGGGGAUUGUUCAAAGGCAAUGGCACUAAUUGUGCUCGUAUAGUACCAAACUCAGCAGUCAAGUUCUUCAGUUAUGAACAGGCUUCUAAGGGUAUAUUAUUUCUAUACAGGCAGCAAACUGGAAAUGAUGAUGCUCAAUUAACUCCUCUCCUACGCUUGGGAGCUGGAGCAUGUGCUGGAAUAAUUGCCAUGUCUGCAACAUACCCGAUGGAUAUGGUUCGUGGAAGGCUGACAGUACAGUCUGAAAAGUCUCCUUAUCAGUAUAGAGGAAUGUUCCAUGCUUUGUCAACUGUUCUACGGGAGGAGGGCCCACGUGCGUUAUAUAAAGGCUGGGUUCCGUCUGUUAUUGGUGUUGUUCCAUAUGUGGGUCUCAACUUUGCUGUGUAUGAAUCAUUGAAGGACUGGUUGAUUAAAACCAAACCCUUUGGCCUUACUCAAGACUCUGACUUGAGUGUAACAACUAGGCUUGCAUGCGGAGCUGCUGCAGGAACUGUGGGUCAAACAGUUGCUUAUCCUCUUGAUGUCAUACGUCGUAGAAUGCAAAUGGUGGGAUGGGCCAAUGCAUCUUCCAUUGUUAUGGGUGAGGGAAGGAGCAAGGCUCCACUUGAAUACACAGGCAUGAUUGAUGCUUUCAGGAAGACUGUCCGUCAUGAAGGUUUCAGGGCACUGUACAAGGGUUUAGUCCCCAAUUCAGUCAAGGUAGUACCAUCGAUAGCCAUUGCAUUUGUAACGUAUGAGCAAGUGAAGGAAAUUUUGGGAGUUGAGAUUAGGAUCUCAGAUUAAUUCGAAAGGGUUCGAAAGGGUCAUUUGCUUCUUUUUUUUGUAGACAGGAAGGGAAUAAAUGACAAAGGCUUUUUUAUCCCUUGCAGGGAAAGGGUGAAAUAGUCUAUAAGGGAGAGGGUAGAAAGAGUGGUUGUUUUGUUUUCCCUUUGGGCAUAGUUUAGGAUUUGGCUGUCCUUAAUUUAUGAUCUUAUUAUACCAAGUCUAUAAUAAUAAGCAUGUGCAAAGAACAUUGCAACGAAUUAUGUUGCUUCCUUUGCAAUAACAUUUAAACAGUGGAUACUUCUUCCUGUUAAGUUUGAUGGGUUGUUUAUGUUAA